UCUGCUGCAAACCCUCCUUGGAGACAAGGUUUGUGCAGUGCUUCAAGAGCUCAGCCAUGUCUGCGAGCACCCAGACCACAGCUCCCCGUCACGAGACCCGGCAGUUCCCUGGAAACUGCACGCUGGAGAUGGCCCUGAAAACCAUUGUGGAUGUCUACCACCGUUACAGUAUCCGGGAGGGCCAGCUUGACCUCCUCAACUUCAACGACUUCAACACUCUGUUGACGGAGCAGGCACCGACCUUCUUGAAAGCUUGUGGCAGGAACCAGCACGACUACCUGAAGAAGCUCUUCAAAGAGACAGACUUAAAUAAGGACAAAGAGGUGACUUUUGAGGAGUUCACCAUCGUCUUGGCCAAGCUGACCAAUGAUGCCCAUCACAUCAGCCAUGGGGAUGACCGUUGUGCACCAGACAAGGAUUGAGUCUCAACGCAUGACCCAUGAAAAACUCCAAGGGGGGCUGCUUAUAGGAGUUGGGCUCUGGCUGCUUUCUGUCUGCUUGGAUCACUCAUGCCUCUGAGACAAUAAAACAUCACUUGAAGUUCACUGA